AUGGCUAUUAACAACCAGAGUGAUACACUCUCUAUUGUGGAGGCCUCAAUUGCAUCCCUUGCAUCUGCACUUUCUCAAGGCCAUAUCAACAGCGUUGAACUGACCGCCAAGCACUUGCUGAGAAUCGCCAAGUAUGAUCGCCGAACCACUCAACUCAACGCUGUCCCAAUCAUCAAUCAAGAUGUGUUUGAUGCUGCCCAAGCGUCGGACCAGCGUCGCUCUAUGGGCAAGUCACUUGGUUUGCUGGAUGGAAUUCCUUGCACUAUUAAAGAUUCUUACAAGAUCCGAGGAAUGACGGUAGCUGCUGGGUCUCCCGCUUUCAAGGAUCUCGUCGCAAAUGAAGAUGCCUUUACCGUUGAGAAGCUGAGAGACGCUGGCGCUGUGUUCUUGGGCCGCACCAACAUGCCCCCAAUGGCUGCAGGUGGAAUGCAGCGAGGCGUUUAUGGUCGUGCUGAGUCGCCCUACAAUGAAGCAUACCUCACGGCUGCUUUUGCUUCAGGAUCAUCUAAUGGGUCUGCCACAGCGACCGCAGCAAGUUUUGGAGUCUUUGGUAUGGGGGAAGAGACCAUCUCCUCUGGCCGCUCACCCGCUUCUAAUAAUGGUUUGGUGGCAUAUACUCCCUCCAGGGGUCUCAUAUCAAUCAGAGGCAACUGGCCGCUUUUCCCCACUUGUGACACUGUUGUUCCGCACACGAGAACUGUGGAAGACAUGUUUGCGCUUCUGGAUGUCAUUGUUGCGGCAGAUGACAAGACAAGCUGCGACUUUUGGCGUGAGCAGCCUUUCGUCAAGCUCCCUGACGUCGAUUCUGUGCGACCCAAGACUUUCUUUGAUCUCUCUGAUCCCAAUGCUCUCAAGGGCAAGAGAAUCGGCGUACCAAAGAUGUACAUUGGCGGCAUCGACUCUGACCCCGAUGCCCGAAAGGUCCAUACUCGCGAGAGCGUAAUCGAGCUUUGGAAGCAGGCCAGGAUGAUACUUGAGGGACUAGGCGCUACUGUUGUUGAGACAGACUUUCCGCUCGUCACCGAGUUUGAGAAACCUCUCGAUGGUGAGAGCGAGUCAGAAACACCGCCUCAUCGCAAUGAGAUUGAUAUGUGCCAAUUGAUGGCCUAUUCUUGGGACGACUUCCUGGCUGCAAACCAAGAUAGAAACGUGGCGACGAGUCUUGCACAAGUCGAGUCGUCAACCAUAUUCCCCCAUCCUCCUGGAUGCCUACCAGACAGAUACGAUGCCAACGAUCCCCUUGUGCGACAUACAGCUGUUGUUGCCCACAUCUCCAAUGGUCGUGUCCCGACUUACGAGAUUACAAACCUGGGAGCUGCACUUCACAACCUUGAGUUGAAGCGCAAGUCAGCUUUUGAAGACUGGCUGGAUGCUUUGGAGUUGGACAUGGUUGUAUGGCCUUGUAAUGCCGACGUGGGAAAAGCUAAUGCGGAUAUUGAUGAAGAGUCUGCAAAGCAUGCAUGGCUCAAUGGUGUUUUGUAUUCCAAUGGAAACUGCGCAAUUCGUCAGUUUGGUAUCCCGACAGUCAGUGUGCCAAUGGGAGUCAUGGCUGACACGAGGAUGCCUGUCAAUCUCACCUUCGCAUCCAAGGCUUAUGAUGACAAGAACCUGUUUCGAUAUGCCUAUGCGUUUGAGAAGGGCAGCUUACUUCGUCAGCAGCCAUCGAGAACCCCACCGCUGGUGUCAGAUGCUAUUGUGUGCGGUCAAGAGGGUAAGGACAUCGGAUCAUCACCGCCCCAGCUGACAAUAGAUGCCUCUAUAGAUGCCACAGCAUCUAUUGUAGACGGAGAAAGACAGUUCACAGUUUUCGGCACGUUUGAUGAGACUGAAUCUCCGGAGUGGCAUGUUUAUGUUGAUGGGGAGGAGUUGGAAGACGUCAAGGUCAUCAAUGGGAAAUGGGAGGCACAGGUGAACACAAAGGAGGUGCAGAGGUCUCGAACAGAAGAAGUCAGCGUUCCUGAUUUCAGCAAGUCAAUGGUCUUGGCCUUAGUCAAAAGCAAGACAGGAAGGGCUACUGCUAAGAUGGUAUUUAUUUAG